GCACUUCCCGUGACGCAGAUGCCGGGCUAACAUGGCGGCGGCCAGCGGGUGAGUGCUGCAUCUCCCUCGCUCUUUCCCGCUGGCGUGGAGAGGGGCAUGGGUGUCCUGGCCGGACCGCGGGUGAGAGCUCAGCCAGGCUCGCUGAAUGCCGCGGGCUGGAGUGCAAUGGCACUAUCUCAGCUCACUACAACCUCCGCCUCCCAGGUUCAAACGAGUCUUCUGCCUCAGCCUCAUGAGCAGCUGGAAUUACAGACCCUCAUUUUGGCUGGGGAAUGAAACCCUGAAGGUGCCGCUGGCGCUCUUUGCCUUGAACCGGCAGCGCCUGUGUGAGCGGCUACGGAAGAACCGUGCUGUGCAGGCCGACUCCAUCGUGGUCCUGCAGGGCGGGGAGGAGACUCAGCGCUACUGCACCGACACCGGGGUCCUCUUCCGCCAGGAGUCCUUCUUUCACUGGGCAUUCGGUGUCACUGAGCCAGGCUGCUAUGGUGUCAUCGACGUUGACACUGGGAAGUCGACCCUGUUUGUGCCCAGGCUUCCUGCCAGCUAUGCCACCUGGAUGGGAAAGAUCCAUUCCAAGGAGCACUUCAAGGAGAAGUAUGCCGUGGACGACGUCCAGUACACGGAUGAGAUUGCCAGUGUCCUGACAUCACAGAAGCCCUCUGUCCUCCUCACUUUGCGUGGCGUCAACACGGACAGCGGCAGCGUCUGCAGGGAGGCCUCCUUUGACGGCAUCAGCAAGUUCGAAGUCAACAACACCAUUCUUCACCCAGAGAUCGUUGAGUGCCGAGUAUUUAAGACGGACAUGGAGCUGGAGGUUCUGCGCUACACCAAUAAAAUCUCCAGCGAGGCCCAUCGUGAGGUAAUGAAGGCUGUAAAAGUGGGAAUGAAAGAAUAUGAGUUGGAAAGCCUCUUCGAGCACUACUGCUACUCCCGGGGUGGCAUGCGCCACAGCUCCUACACCUGCAUCUGCGGCAGUGGUGAGAACUCAGCCGUGCUGCACUACGGACACGCCGGAGCUCCCAACGACCGAACGAUCCAGAAUGGGGACAUGUGCCUGUUCGACAUGGGCGGUGAGUAUUACUGCUUCGCUUCCGACAUCACCUGCUCCUUUCCUGCCAAUGGCAAGUUCACUGCAGACCAGAAGGCCAUCUACGAGGCGGUGCUGCGGAGCUCCCGCGCCGUCAUGGGUGCCAUGAAGCCAGGUGUCUGGUGGCCCGACAUGCACCGCCUGGCUGACCGCAUCCACCUGGAGGAGCUGGCCCACAUGGGCAUCCUGAGCGGCAGCGUGGACGCCAUGGUCCAGGCACACCUGGGGGCCGUGUUUAUGCCUCACGGGCUCGGCCACUUCCUGGGCAUUGACGUGCACGACGUGGGAGGCUACCCAGAGGGCGUGGAGCGCAUCGACGAGCCCGGCCUGCGGAGCCUGCGCACUGCACGGCACCUGCAGCCAGGCAUGGUGCUCACCGUGGAGCCGGGCAUCUACUUCAUCGACCACCUCCUGGACGAGGCCCUGGCGGACCCGGCCCGUGCCUGCUUCUUUAACCGCGAGGUCCUGCAGCGCUUUCGCGGUUUUGGCGGGGUAAGUGCCCAUGGGCCCCAUUCUUGCUCCCAGAACAUCUGCCACCUCCACUGCAGCUGCAGACUCCUUAGUCCCAAGACAGGGGCCCUAGUGACAUCUUCCCUUGAGGUGGGCUCAGCCUGCCCCUUCGUGUCACAGGAUAGAGCCUCACCCCUCAGUAGGAACAGACAGAGAUCCUGCAAAACCCCUGCCCGCUCCAGGGGCACCCAUCCACCUGGCAAAGACAGGGUGAGCAGGUGACGUGAGCAGAUGGCUCCAUGAAGGAGCCUGGAGGCCACCCCGCUCUCCCAGGGAGUGUCAGCUGCUCCCACCCCAUGGUGGGGUGGGCCUGGAAUGGUCCCGGCCCUCUAGCCUGGCACAUGAGGCUGUUCUAUGAUAAUGUGUGUCUGUCGGCUUGACCCAGGUCCGCAUCGAGGAGGACGUCGUGGUGACUGACAGCGGCAUGGAGCUGCUGACCUGCGUGCCCCGCACUGUGGAAGAGAUUGAAGCGUGCAUGGCAGGCUGUGACAAGGCCUUUACCCCCUUCUCUGGCCCCAAGUAGAGCCAGCCAGAAAUCCCAACACACCUGGGGGCCUGGCCUUGCAACCUGUUUUCGCGAUGGGCAGCCUGCUGGUCAGCACUCCAGUAGUGAGAGAUGGCACCCAGAAUCAGAUCCCAGCUUCGGCAUAUGAUCAGACCAAACAGCGCUGUUUCCUGGGGAGGAAACACUUUUUUAAUUACCCUUUUGCAGGCUCCCACCUUUAAUCUGCUUUAUACCUUGCUUAUUAAAUGAGCGACUUAAAAUGAUUGAAAAUAAUGCUGUUCUUUAGUAGCAACUAUAAUGUGUCUUGCUGUCAUUUAUAUUCCUUUUUCCAGGAAAGAAGCAUUUCUGAUACUUUCUGUCAAAGAUCAAUAUGCAGAAUGGCAUUUGCAAUAAAAGAUUUCCUAAAAUGG